UAUUAAUUCUUUAGAGAACCAAAUAGUGAAACAGCUAUUUAUUUACCUAUUCAUUAUAACAUGACAACUCUUGUCAAAAUUUUGUGUCAAUAAUAAAAGGAAAAGAUUAAAGGGCUAAUAAAUUUUAAAUAUUUCAAUAUUAUAACACCGUAACUGUUAAAUUUAUCUCAAGCGAAAAAAUGGCUGGCACUGAUGACAAUAAACCGAGUGAAAAUGGACACGUAGAAUCUAAUAUGGAAGAAGGGAUUGAUGAAGAUAAUGAUGAAAAUGUUUGUGAAGAGUAUGAUGUUUUGGACUCAAAACUAGAUGAGCUCAACCAAGCAUUGGAUCUGCUGGAACAAAAAAAUGAUGAUAUCCAUAAGAGAUUAAAGGAUUUAUUACAGUCCAACAGGGACAUAAGGAAAGAACUCAAACAUGAAGUUGUGGUCACAGAACAAGACAAGUGAAGAUAAAGAAAUAAAAAUAUUCAUUUAACACAGCUAAUUCUCCUUUUAGAAAUUAGUAUAAUUCUGUUUUUAUUAAACAUUCUAAUGUUAAAUUAUUGAAUAAAGUGAUAUUUAUAUGAUUA